GCCUUUGCACUUCGUGUGGGGCCGUCCCGUAUACGCGCAAGAUGCGGUUUCUCUGUCUCGCGCUGUUCGCCCUGCUGGGCUUGGCCAACGCCAAGGUGUAUGGCCGCUGCGAGCUUGCUUCGAUUCUCGUGCGCAACGGGAUCCCCAGAAGUAAAGUACCCGACUGGAUCUGCUUGGCACAGGCGGAGAGUGUAAAUUCCAAGGCUGUCAACAGGAACCGGAACCGUAGCAUCGACUAUGGCAUUUUUCAGAUCAACAACGGCUAUUGGUGUAGUCCGGGACGGCACAACGAAUGCAAGGUCUCAUGUUCCGCCUUGAAGUCGGAUAACAUCGGCCCGUCCAUCAAGUGCGCGAAGCAAAUCUACAAACGACACGGAUUCAAUGCAUGGUACGGAUGGAAGCGCAAGUGCAAGGGAAAGAAGCUCUCGUCCUACGUCAAGGGAUGCCGGUAUUGAUCCGACGCAUUGAACUGCUGCAUAACUGGUGCUCGCCAGCUCUCGGGGAGAGUGCUAUAAAGCUCGCAUAACGGUAAAAGCGUGGCCACUUGAGUUCACCUUUUCAGCGAUCAGCCAUUCUCUCUUGGAUUGCCCCAGCGUUCUGCGCCCUGGAUUGAACUCCGGGACAUCAAGCUUAUUGAUUAAAAAGUACGUUUAUUCCAACGAGACCAUUAGGACGCCAUGUGAAUGAGAAGUUAAAAUAAAUUUCUUUUUCCGUGGGCGUA